UGGGACGUGGGACAAAAAGAGCUGUGCAGUCCCUCGUAAAGUGGGACACCUGGUCACCCUAUAGCCCCUCAGGUACAUACAUCAUGGUGGGAGUUCCUGCGUUCACAGAGGCGAGACGCCACCGUCAGACUCCCCCCUAUCAAAACCCUGUGAUCUGCAGGAAUAGCCAGCUAUUAAUGAACUGGACGGGAACGGGCGAUUCAAAGUGUGCUGAUUGAAGUGGAGAGAAUUCCAGAGAGCGUGCACAGGGGGGGGGAUCGAGCUGUGAUCACUGUGCUAUGAGAGUGUGUGUGUGCGUGUGUGUGUGUGUGAGCACUGUGCUAUGAGUGUGUGUGUGUGUGUGUGUGUGUUGCACAGUCCUGACUGGGCCCUGUCCAGUUCACAACAACACAACACAGCACAGCUGCACUGGAGGGCCUGCAGGCCUCAAUGGAUGGGGGUCAAUACAGACUCUGUGGGGACUAACGCAUACCAAAUCAGGGGGAACAGAGCAAGAGGAGGGGGAGGGGGCGCACUUUUCUCUUCCAGGACACCGUAGUUCUUAAGAAAUUAACUUUCUAUGAGUUGUUUUAUUCUAAAACAUGCUAUAUGUGCUUUAUAAUAGUGAUCCAGGUUCUAGUUUUAGGCACAGCCCUCUGUAAAGUCCUCAUGUGUUGUGUGUAAAGCUCUGUAGUGUAGGAGAAACGGUGGUGCAGUAAAACAGCUCUGGGAUUUUUUUGGGAGCCAGUCCUCUAUUGUUCAGAUCCCUCCUCCUGCUUGGGAAGUGGGAGGACCCGAAAAGGCGUCGCAAAAGGGAGAAUUGUUUGAGAGCUCAGUCAUCCAAAAACGAGCCUUUCAAUGUGAGAACUUGGGGAGCCGAAGAAAAUGUCGGUGGCAUCGCAGUAAAUUACCAAAAAAAAGCAAAAGCAGCGAGGCUUUUAGAGAGGGAAAGAGAAGUAAAAGAACUGUUGCGUUUAUUCUGGGACUAAAACUCAACACAGAAGAGACGCGAAGAGAAGAUCUGCUCGCGUGAGCACCAAGUAGAGCAGUUUUGGGGGGUAGUGUAUGGAAGAUGUCUGGAAAGCGAGACUGGACUCCGUGGAUGAAAAAGAGAAGGGCUCCAGUGUUGUGCGCUCUGGGCGCAGUACUACUGUGCUGCCUGCAGAGCGGCGCCUCUCUACCCGAUGAGAUGCUGUUGUUCACUGAAGAGCCCAUGUCCGUGGUGCAGAAGCUGGGAGGCAGCGUGAAUCUGCGCUGCAGCGCCCGACCCGCCACCGCCAACAUCAGCUGGCGCCUCAACGGCCAGGAGCUGGUGGAUGGACAUUUGGGCGUCGUGCUGGGUCCCAACAGCCUGUUCAUCCCCACGCUCUCCAACCUGACUGUGGGCCGAUACCAGUGUGUGGUCAGCACCGGCGCAGGAGCCCUGGCCAGUGUGCCCGCUAACGUCACCGCUGCCAAGCUGCGGGAUUUCGAGCCCGAUGACCAGCAGGACAUCGAGGUCGACGAAGGCAACACGGCUGUUAUUGAGUGUCACCUCCCCGAAAGCCAGCCCAAGGCUCAGGUCCGCUACAGCGUCAAGCAGGAGUGGCUGGAGACAUCCAAAGGAAACUACCUCAUCAUGCCGUCAGGGAACCUGCAGAUAGCCAACGCCACGCAGGACGAUGAGGGGCCGUACAAGUGUGCCGCCUACAACCCCAUCACCCAGGAGGUCAAAACGUCCACGUCCACUGACCGCCUGCGGAUACGCCGCUCCACCUCAGAAGCAGCUCGCAUCAUUUACCCGCCGGCGUCCCGCUCCAUCAUGGUGACCAAAGGCCAGCGGCUUGUGUUGGAGUGUGUGGCCAGCGGCAUCCCCACACCGCAGGUCAUAUGGGCAAAAGACGGGCAGGACCUGCGUUCGCAUAACAACACUCGCUUCCUGCUCAGCAACCUGCUGAUCGACGCGGUGGGCGAGGCCGACUCGGGUACUUACAUUUGCCGAGCGGACAACGGCAUCGGCUCGGACAACUCUGCGACGGUGCUUUAUGACGUGCAAGUGUUCGAGCCCCCUCAGGUGACGGUGGAGCUGCAGCAGCAGGAGGUCGUGUACGGAGAGACGGUGCGCUUCUCCUGCCAGGCCCGCGGUAAACCCACUCCCUCGGUGAUGUGGCUCCACAACGCCCGCCCCCUCGCCCCGUCUCCUCGCCACCGCCUGUCCUCUCGGACCUCCCAGAUGCUGCGCAUCUCCAACGUGGGCCCUCAGGACGACGGGCUGUACCAAUGCAUGGCUGAAAACGGCGUGGGCAGCUCGCAGGCCUCCGCUCGCCUCAUCACAGUAUCAACCGGGAUUUCAUCCAGGGGGAAGCUGCCCGCAAUCUAUCGGCCGCUAAGCCCAGAUAAGGUGCUGAGGGAGCAGCCGCCUGUGAGGCCCGGGGCCGCAGGCGCCAUGUUGCCUCUUGACUGCUCCGAGCUGCCAGGACAGAUCCUGCCUGCAGAUGCCCCCAUCAUCCUCAGCCAGCCACGCACAGGCAAGGCCGACUACUACGAGCUCACCUGGAUUCCACGGCAUGAGCGAGGAACCCCCGUACUGGAGUACAUGGUCAAAUACAGAAAGGUUGGAGUCCCUCUAGCAGAUUGGACCUCCAGCAGCAUCUCAGGCGCCCUCCACAAGCUGACUCUGGCUAAACUGCAGCCAGACAGCCUGUAUGAGGUGGAGAUGGCCGCCAAAAACUGUGCCGGUUUGGGGCAACCUGCUAUGAUGACCUUCAGAACUGGCAAAGGUCGCAGAGGUCCCGGGCAAAUUGACCCACCGAAAACUCCUGCUGUUCCUUCGCCAAGCCUCUCUCCUCCCGAAGCCCCUGACAAGCCCACAGUCUCCACGGCAACGGAAACGUCGGCGUACGUGACUUGGAUUCCUCGCGGUAACCGCGGCUUCCCCAUCCAGUCAUUUCGGGUGGAGUACAAGAAGGUGAAGAAGGCCGGAGAGGACUGGGUGACGGCGGUGGAAAACAUCCCGCCGUCGAGGCUCUCUGUGGAGAUCACGGGCCUGGAGAAAGGAACGUCCUACAAGUUUCGUGUUGUGGCGGUGAACGUAAUCGGUUCCAGUCCUCCCAGUGCCCCUUCGAAGGCAUACACCGUGGUGGGUGGGAGAACCCAUGAACGCCCUGUUGAUGGACCCUACAUCACCUACAACGAAGCCAUCAACGAGACGACCAUCAUUCUCAAAUGGACGUACACUCCCGUAAACAACACUCCCAUCUACGGUUUCUACAUCUACUACCGGCCUACAGACAGCGAUAAUGACAGUGACUAUAAGAAGGAUGUGGUGGAGGGAGACAGAUACUGGCAUUCAAUCACUGACCUGCAGCCGGAGACCGCCUACGACAUCAAGAUGCAGAGCUUCAACGAGAAGGGAGAGAGCGAAUUUGGGAACGUGGUGAUCCUUGAGACGAAAGCUCGUCCUAAUAACCAGCGUCCUGAUCCAUCAGAGACUCCGGACCUCGUGCUGGGACCAUCCGGCGGACUCGUGCCUCGGCCCGCCGACCUCCCCUACCUCAUAGUCGGUAUUGUCCUGGGAGCCUUCGUCUUCAUCAUUGUCGCCUUCAUCCCGUUCUGCCUCUGGAGGGCGUGGGCCAAACAGAAGCAAACGGCCGACAUGUGUUUUCCCACCGUGGCCACCCCGGUGUCGUCGUGCCAGUACACCAUGGUUCCCCUCCAGGGACUCGCCCUGGUCGGCCACUGCCCGCUGGACGGCCACAUGACGGCGCCACAUGGCAUCUACCCUGUUAACGGAGAAUACACUCCCAACGGCAAACCUCACCACCCCACACACUGCCUGCCAGGGCUGCAUCAGGAUGAGGUGAACUAUGAUAUGGAGUGUGACACGUUGUUGCCACAGACGGUAUCAAAUGGACACCUACCUGUUUACCACUACUCCACCAGCGGUCCAGAUCAUCAUCAUGAGCAGAGCUGCUGUCUUCCUCCUGAUGACUCCACUCUUCAGCUCCUCGACUCUUCCCAUCAGCACCUCGGUUCACAGGAACUGGGAGGCGAUGACGACUUCCAUUGUGGAGAUAAAGUCGAGGAUGGCAUCACAUACAAGCCAGCGUCCUUUCCUCUUCUCUCUCUAGAAGACGAAGGGAUUUUCACCACAUCGUCCUCAGCAGCCACAACACCGCAGUCCCAAGACAUAACAAUACAGGAAGUGAACAUCCUCCCAAACGAAGCGUCCCUUGAGGACGAGGGGACGGCCAACACGACAGAUGCAUAACAGACUGUUGAACAAAUAGAAGAAAAACAAGAGAAAAUAUUUAUUUUUGUAUCACAGAUAUUUAUAUAUUUAUGCUUUUGUACAUACGUGUCUGAUUAUACUGUAUAUAAGGUUAUUUUCACAUUGAAAAAAAGACUCUUGCUGUCUGCAUUUCCUGGAGGAGGGAAGUAAGUUUGAGACGUUAUUCCUUGUGUGACGAAGAUCAAGUCAGGGAUUCCUCUCAGUUCAGCACUUCCCGUCUAGACCCUCCUCACUCCUCACGUCAUUCCUCACAUCCUAAAUGUACUUUAGCUUUAUGUACAACACACAAAGGGACCAUUGGAACCAGUCUGGUGCUGUAAUUAUCACUGAGGUGCUGUUUUAGUUCUCUCGCUUUAUCACACGUUCAAAAAAUACUGUCAUUUUGUAUAGCAAUAACACAAAUGUAUUAUGCAUUGCUCAUCAUUAACAAACUAUUAACACGUGUAUGCAACAUAAAUCAUUCUGUUUCAGUAGUGUACAAGAGAUUAUAUAUUGUAUAGUUAUUUAUUUUUUUGAUUUUGUUAUUUUUUUAAGUCACUGAAUGGGAGAGAUUCUGGAAAACAACCUAUCUUAAACUCAGUCAUUGAUAAGCUGAACUUUAUACGGCAACCACUUCUGUGUUUACUCAUUUGCUGGUUACCAAAAUGACCGCCAGGUGAGGGCGCUGUGACAGGUGUGUCAGUAUUAUUCCUCCCUCACAGGUCGGUGCAUUAAGUAUUAGUCUUUGCCAGAGACAUCUGCGAUCAAAAUGAAGGAGAUCCUGAAUCUACACUCCCCCUUUAUCGGUGUAGCCGUUCUGUGGUUGCACAUGCUGGAGCACUAUUGCAUGUAAAUAAAAGCUUAUGAAAUUGA